AAUAAAUUCCAGCACCUUGGAAGCGCUUCCGUCAAGCCCUACCCGUUCGUCACGAUGCUCGCAGAGCUGCUUGGACGUGAUGACACCGGCACAACAGAUGGGCAUGUUGACAGGUCGGUCCAGAAAUGGAAUCUGGCGACACAGAUAUUAUGCAUCACUACAAUGACCAUUUUCUUUGCUCUGCGAUGUUUUACUCGCCUUGUCAUUAUGGACGGCUUUAGGAGAGAGGAUUGGACAUGUCUAGGUGCCUGGUUUCUUGGUGUGUGUUAUUCGGUCAUUGCUUUGAUCAUGGGACACUUUGGGGGCGGGGUGCACUACGCGGAUGUGCCUGUAUCCCAUCGCAUACCCUUCGAAAAGACGGUGUAUGUGACAAUGGUCAUGUACGGCCCGACCGCAUAUUUGACAAAGUUGUCCCUACUUUGGAUCAUUGCCCGAGUCUUCAGCCCUUAUCGCAAAACCGUUAUAUUCAUCUACGUAUUCUUGGGUGUUAUGCUAGCCUACUAUAUUCCAGCGGUCAUCGUCAAGAUCCGGAUCUGCGACCCAAUAGCGAAGUUCUGGGCCCCCGACACAUCGGGGUCAUGUCUGGACCAGACAUCAAUCAUUCUUGCCGAUGCGGUUGUCAGUGUCGUUAGCGAUAUGACUAUCCUCAUUCUUCCCCUACCUUUGACGGUAGGGUUGCAAUUGCCGCUGAAGAAGAAAUUGCGAGUCAUGGUCGUAUUGGGAGCUGGAGGACUAGCAUGUGCAUCGAGUAUUGUCCGUCUGAUCCUCAUUAUUUUGACGGGGCAAUCGAAGGACGGGACACUGGCUUUCAUGCGCAUUAACAUGUUUGGGAACGCCGAGAUAACGAUUGGGGUCAUUUGUGCCUGCUUGCCCGCCCUUUCAGCCCUGGUCUCCCGUACCCACCGCGAGUAUACGAGCAACAAAUACUCGAGUCAUAAGAACACCCAGACAUCACAGUAUGAGUUGAACAAGGUCAAGAAUAGUCGUCCCAGUCGCGCGGAUAGGAGCAAAAACCAGAUGACCCUGACGGAGGUUGGAUCGGACCAGGACAUUCUCAUCCCCAACGCUCAGGAAGCGCCAAGGAUCGAGACCACGGUCCGUGGCGAUUCAGAGCGGCAAGGCACAGAAACCAUGGGGAUCAUGAGAACUGUCGACGUAUCAACUACUGUGACCUCGCGGUACAAUGAAAACGAAUGACAGGUAAAAGUCUUUUGGCGGUAUGGCGGCGUUCCGGGGUUUAUCAUUAUGCUGUGCCUUAACCGGCUCACAUCUCGACGAAUCGACAUGGUUUUCUUAACGUAUCUAUAAUAAUAUAGUGUAUCAUAUGCUUUCCUGACCUCAUAACGGCCUUAAUGUCGAUUUAUGUCUGUGUAUAUUUUGACGCCAGGAAGCAAUAUGAUGGCUGUUGACUUGCUCGCGCAUUGUGACAAACAUCACAAUGUAGUGAUACUAAGGUUCUGAUGGACCCACAUAAUUGACAGAAGCUU